AUGUCGGCGACCACUUCAGCGAUCCCCAUCAUCGCACCCGCCAAGCCCAAGAAUGCGCGAUCCAAGCGAGCGCAGCAGGCGAGGGAACCGCAGAUGGUCAGUCACGGGCAACCUUCGCAGCCUCUCGCAUGGCCGCUCAUCCUCCACCGUGAUCGGCGAGACGAGCCGCGCGGACCACACGGCGACUAGGUUAGGUCCAAAGUGCCUUUGACUGAGCUCGGUCCUUGUCACGUACGAUCAGAUUGAGAAGGGCGCCAAGACGGCCAUGAUUGUGCGAGGAUCGUCCAUCAGCGAAAAGGUCAAGGUAGCCUUGUCCGAACUGGUGAGUCGAGCGGGGUCGUGGGACCUUUGGCCUAUGAUCUUACAGCCACUCACACGUACCACAUGACUCCUCUACAGAACCAACUCAAAAAACCUCACUCCAUCUCCUUCUCCAAGCCAAACCAAAUUCGACCGUUCGAGGACUCGAGCUCCUUGUCGUUCUGGUCGACCAAGAACGAUGCCUCGCUGUUCCUCGUCGGGACCCACACCAAGAAGCGACCCCACGGAUUGAUCUGGGUCAGAUGUUUUGCCAACGAGGUCAUGGAGAUGCUUGAGGUUGGGAUUGAGGAGGUUAUGCCCAUGUCCGCUUUCAAGGUGGGCCCUACUCUCAAGUCUCGGUAGGCAAGGAUUCUUCCCUCUGACCUCGCCUUCCUCUCUACCAGGGUAUCAAAUCCACACCCGGUUCGACCCCCUUGUUCCACUUUGCCUCGACCUCGUCCCAUGCGAACCUCUGGGAGUCCCACCCGACCUUUACGCAGUACAAAUCGCUCAUGCUCGACUUCUUCCGCGGCGUCGAAAUGGACGGUGUCGCUCUCAAAGGUCUCGAACGCGUCAUCUCCAUCACCAUCGGCCACAACACCCUCGACGCCAAUACCGAAUCCCUCCAAGACGCGCUCAACAGAGAAUCGACGCAAAACAAGGGCCAAGCGGCCUUGUCGUCCCUUUUGACGUCGUCCUCCCAAACCAAGUCAGGUACCCACGAUUCGGAAGAAGAUCCUACCCUCCCCUUGAUCCAUUUCCGUACCUACACCGUCAAAUUCCUUCGUUCGGGCGUCUCGACCCCUCUCGUCGCUUUGGAACCCCACGGACCCCACUUUACAUUCCGUUUGCGUCGUUCGCAACUGCCUUCUUCCGAGAUGUGGAAGUUGGCCCUGAAGAAGACCGAACCCAAGUCCAAGACGAGCAAACCCAAGAACAAGAAUAUCGAUAUCGAUGAGAUGGGCGACAAGGUCGGGAGGGUCUAUGUUGAUAAGCAGGAUAUGGGCACGUUGCAGGCGAGGAAGUUCAAGGGUCUCAAGGUCGAGAAGAAGGGGAAACGAGCAGCCGAGGACGAGGGGGAGGCACACGGGGAGGAGCCAGAAGAAGAUGUAAAAAGCUCGAAUAAGAGAAGUCGACGAUCGGCGGCGGAGGAGUAA